GUCGUUUUUAGUUUUACGUCACGCCCUACUUUCAGGGACGUACUUGCUUAUUUUUAUCGACAACCAACGUAAAUAAAUGGAAUAAAUUAAAAUGCUGUUAAUCACAUGGGUGUUACUGGUUUCCCAUGGAGCGUUGGCCCACGAGUAUAACGCAGUGGAAACUGAAAUGUUUGCUAUACCAAUCAGCCCGAAUUUAUUCAAUUGGACUUAUCAAGAAUUCGACCAGCAGUACCGCUUCUACGCAUCGCUUAUUGGUAAACCAGAGCUGCCAUCAUGGCUUCGAUAUAUCUACAGCGGCAGGCAUCAUUCAGGUUUCAUAUUUGGCACUCCCCCCAGAAACUCUGAAUCGCCUAUUACGUUGGAAGUGAUAGGUCUUAACAGACAAGACUAUGAAACCCGUCGUGUUUUGCUCAACUUACGAGUUGAACCGAAAGGCAAGAUGGCCACACACGAAGUGGAACUGAAAAUUGACAAUCUGAACGUGGAGGAUUUACUUGAUGAGCAUAGAAUGACUCGUCUCAAAGACAUUCUACGGACUAAGCUGUGGACGGAAAGCAGUGGGGACCUUUAUGCUACGUUUCUGGCUUCAGCUAUUGACCUAGGAGCUAGAUUGCCUUUGAAACCUAGCGAUGGAGAGGGCCUAGUAGUUCGUUUAGGAAGCGUAACACCAUUCUCUAGCGAGCUGAAACGCCUCCGCGAGGAAGUGCGUCCGCUCUCCAGGUUGCCCAGCUGCCCGAGAGAGUUCAAACGGACUACAGUGGAACGGCUGUUUAGGGACGCUGGGUUUACGCUUGACUGGUGCAGUUUUGAACUGUAUAACACAAUUUACAAAGAGCGCAGCACAGAACGACUGGAAUAUCUGACCGAAAUACCGAAUCCCAGUCAACCGGAUAAGAGCAGUGUAUUCAACACAAAAGACGUGUGGUCUGCUCCCAGUAGAACGGCACUGCCCAGUAGAAGUUAUGUGCAGCAAUUGUCCGUUACCAUUGCUGUACCUUUGGUGCUGAUGCUGCUGUCUGUUGCGGCACUGAGUGCUGUAUUGUGCUUCCAUUAUGCUGCUAUACGCGAUCCAGAAUCGGAAGGUUUCAUAAACGAUAUAUACCACAUCUGCGCUGAUUACAAACGAAGAGCGCACAAAACAACGAAAGUGGAACUAUGUAGAUACGGCACUGGCAACACUGAACAAAGUCAGAUCGUUGAUGACGAAAGCACGAAAAGCAUGGGAGUGAGCCCAAACAAUAGUCUAACGCGAUACAGUCCAAAAUCCACCCCCAACCUAGCGGGUAGCUACAACCGCCCGCAGCCGCCCCCCUACACCGGCGCCAACACCCUCCACCACCGCACACACGCACACACACCCACUCGCGCACACACACCCACGCACACGCACACUCACUCACCCGCACACACACCAGAGCACAGACACCUCGCUCUGGAGGAGUCCCUUCAACUCCUAAACGAAGCGAACAUAGCGAGCGAAUUCGAUAAUUUGCUACUGAAAAACCCGAUCGUCGACUUCAACGACGGAUGCGACGACUAUGUUCCAAUAAAACAGGAUCCCGGAUACGCCACGGAUCCGAGGUACGGCGGCCCUGAUCCGGGAUACGUCAAAACGGAGGCUGGGUUCCCAGAUCCCAAAUAUGAGGGUGUUGGCAUUUGACAUAAUGAUAUGGACGGAUUGCCGCCCGUCAAGACUUGGUUCUGCUGAAUUCAAAUGUCUCGUUUAGAUAUUUUUUGUAGUUGCUAAUAAUUAGUGUGAUUUAAUAAUAUAUUACAUACAAUAAAUAGAAACAUCUGCCCUUAACUAGCUAAAGUAAAUAUAUACUUUAAUAUUCUAAGGACA